CACUGCAAGAGGAGACCAUGCAAAAAAAUUCAUGGAAUAUGAAUGCAAGCUUUUAAAAAGGAAAAUACUACAAUAUAGGGAUAAAUUAUGGGAGAAAAACAGAAAAGACAACAAAAGCUUCAGAAUAUUCUGCAGAUUCCUUGCAUUCGAGUCCCUCCCUCUGCUGACAGGUCAUUACUGAAGGACCUAACUCGAGGUCAGCAGCGCUAUUUUUACAGCAUCAUGAGGAUUUACAACUCCAGGCCCCAGUGGGAGGCCCUGCAGACCCGUUAUAUUCACAGCCUUCAGCACCAGCAGCUACUUGGCUAUAUCACUCAGCAGGAGACCUUGGCUUGUACCGCUAUACUUAGAGAUUCCACCAAGAAAGCCUCCGCCAAGGAAGCUCCACAAAGAACCAUCCCCCGGAGGGCCUCCGCUAUGACAAGAACAUGGCUGCCAGCACUGCCUGUGUCUGUGGUUCGACCCAGAGCCAAAAGUGCAAGACUCUGAUCCCUGAGGAGCCAAGA